GCAGUCCGGGAGCUGGUGCUUCCAGGAACCCCGCUCCCCGGCCCCCCACUGCCUGACAUCAGGAACGGCUGGGGUGCCCCCUCCUGGCCACCGCCAGGGACAGGGCAGCAUGAGCCGGGCAAGGCAGGUGGGCAAGCUCCGGAGGCGCCUGGAGGACGUCAAGAGCCAGUGGGUCCGGCCGGCCAAGGCCGACCUCAGCGACCACGAGAGCGCCCGGCUGGCCACCGACGCCCUCCUGGACGGCGGCCCUGAGGCCUACCGGCAGGUGCUCCACCAGGAGGGCGAGGUGGACUUCCUGUCCUCCGCGGAGACCCAGUACAUCCAGGCCCAGGCCCGGGAGCCCCCCCGGACUCCGGACACCCCGGGGGGCGCCGAGGCAGGACCCAGGGGGCCGGACGCCUGCUCCCUGCAGUCCGGCACCUACUACCCCGCGGCCUCGGAGGACAGCGAGCCCGCCCUGCUGCACGCCUGGGCCUCGGCCGAGAAGCCCUGCCUGCAGGAGCCGGCCGGCGCCACCGUGUACUUCCAGACGGACAAGCACAACAUCAGGGACCUCGUCCGCCGCUGCAUCACCCGCUCCAGACAGGUCCUGGCCAUCCUGAUGGACGUGUUCACGGACGUGGAGAUCUUCUGUGACCUCCUGGAGGCGGCCAAGCGCGGGGUGCUGGUGUGCGUGCUCCUGGACCAGGGCGGCGUGCGGCUCUUCCGGGAGAUGUGCGACCGGGCGCAGGUGUGCGAGCGGCACCUCCAGAGCCUCGCGGUCCGCAGCGUGGGGGCGGAGGUGCACUGCGCCAAGUCCGGCAGGAGGUUCGCCGGCCGGGUCCAGGCGAAGUUCAUCAUCUCCGACUGGAGCUACGUCCUCUCCGGAUCCUACAGCUUCACCUGGCUCAGCGGACACGUGCACCGCAACAUCCUCUCCAAGUUCACGGGCCCGGCCGUGGCGCUGUUCGGCCAGGAGUUCCGCCGCCUCUACGCCGCCUCCCAGCCCGUGAUGGGCCUGAAGUGCCCCAGGCUGGCCGCCCCCCUCCCGCCCGGAGCAAGGCGCAGCCCCCCGCCCGGCCGCCUCAGCCUCAGCAGCAGCAGCGGCUCCGCCAGCGCCAGCGGCCGCCUGUCCUCCAGCCCAAGCCCGUCCGCGUCCUCGGGGCCCAGCACCCCGCUGGCCCCGAACCCGCCUCCGCCCCCCAGGUUCCAGCCCCACCACGGCCUCUGGGGGGCGCUGGCCCCGAGGCCCCUGGAUGGCCCGCUGGCUCUCUGCUGCAAGCUCGGCGCCUGCCGGCCCCCCAGGCUGCAGCCGGAGCGGCUGGGCCUGCUGCCCCGGGCCCACGUCUGGAGGCCGUUCCUGCAGGCCACCCCUCGUUUCUGAGGGGCCCUCCUCCCGGCUGCCCUCCCAGGACCCCUGGGGACGGACGGACGGGACGGCAGCUUUGAUUCCCGGACAACACUGAUGCCUGUUGGAAUGUCCCCGGGCCUGAGAGUGUUCACCUGCUGAUCACACUGGUCCCUGGGUUCCCCUCUCCGUCCGGUUUGGGCUACGCAGCACAUUCCAGAAGGUUCCAGGGUGAUGGGGGUGGGGAACUAGAGGACAAAAUGGUGAAAGUAGGGCCUCCUCUCCCAGGGCCA